AUGAUAUUGAUUGACACCAUAAAGUAUUCUUGUAUCGAAUGCAUUCGGGGCCACAGAUCUUCACUUUGUCGUCACCAUACUAGGCCGUUGCUUCAGGUACGGUCCAAGGGAAGACCCAACGUAAGUGCAAACGGGAAUCCGAACCAUAGAGUGGCCGUUUUUGCAGAAGAAAUCGAAAGUGACGCAGAGAAAAAUAGUGAAGGAGGUUGUGAAAACGGCCAUCACACUACAGGUGCCGCUGAAAAUACCAGUAAGAAUUGUAAAGCAAAGGCUUCUCCGGUGGUUAUAUUGAAAUGCUCAACUAAGCAGGUGAUAGACUUGGAAUCGGGGCAAAUCAUAGGUCCGUAUGAAAGUGGAGCUGAUGCUAGCCAAGACCGAAGCUCAAUUCCAAAUAGCAUUAGCACAGAUAAAGUGACUUCGACUCUUCCUUCUUAUUCAGCAAUACUGAGUAUCGCAGAAAAAAGAAAUGGAGGUGGAGGGUGCUGUGGCUCUCAAAAGCAGUCUACUCCUAUACCCAAAGUUGAGAAACCCACAGGAUCUUGCUGUUCUUCAAAGACGAAGAGUAAAUGCGCUUGUACAAACACAGGCAAGACUAUAAACAAAUCCAAAAUCUUGAAAAAAUAUUUGCAGAAUCAUCUUAUGAAACUGAAGGAUUGGAAUUUAACUGAGAAGAAACUCUUAAAUGAAGAAUAUCAGCAACAGCUUUUGAAAAAGAAAGAAAGACAACUACCACAACAGUACCCUCAGCUGCAAUCACACCAGUAUGAUCAUAGGACAGAGAAGUCAAUAAAAGUGGAACAGUUGGAGGAUGAAUUUUUAAGUCAAGCAAAUGGAUUUUUAAAUACUCAGGAUCCUCUCUUUCCACUUCUAUCUGCCAUUCAGCCCCAACUUCAAUUCCAAACGCAACAAAAUGGACAAUUUGACUUCCCAUAUGCCAAUCCAGUGAAAACUGAACCAAACUCUAUACCUAUAUCUGCUCAACAACCGCAUAAAGACAAUGAUGUAUUCUCUGAUUCGACAAUACCCACACAAGGUGCUGUGUACGACCUAGUAAGUGUACCUGCUUGCUCUAUUCCGGGGACUUGUAGCUGUGGAGACUCAUGCUCUUGUGAAGGUUGUGAAGUACACGGUAAUCCUUUAAAAUCAAUAUCACAAGAAUUCGAUUCCUUACAACCCGCCCAACACCACCAGGUUGUAUUAACUACGGAUCCUAUGCAGGUGCUGGCACAACAGUAUAACCUUUCGGAUUUAUUCAAUUUCAAAGAGCUCGACCAAACGGCAGACUCUCCCUCGUCUACUGCUACUUGCUCGUGCGCCAAGGAUGAUUGCGAUUGUGCCAAUUGCGAGACCCAUGGAAUAAUCAAUGGAAUGAAAUUAGAUGAUUUUUUCAGUGAACAUAGAUCACAGUACACAAAUCAUUUUUCAACUUUUCCGCAAAGGCAGCAGCCACUUCCAAUGUACCAACAGGACACACCUUCAUAUCCUUCCCUGGUAAAUGAGAAGUUAAAUGGCGGUAGACACCCCGGAGCAGAUCAUCAAAUACAGGAUCUGCAUUUUGAUUAUGCUGCCACUGUAAGAAACAUGUUAAAUAAGGAUAUUGCUCAGAUUAAUGAUAGCUUGGAGCUGAACGGGAACAAAAAUUAUUCAAUAUAA